GGGGCGCGAGCGUCUUUUGAGGUCCGCCCCGAGCCUACGGGGAUUCGGAGGGCCCCCGAUAAUCCCGGAACGGCCUCGGAUAGCUUCGGAUGGUGUCGACGCGGCCUGGGAUGGCCUAAAGUAGCCUCGCAUAGUUUCCGGUCCACUGUGGAGGCGCCCGACGUGGAAGCGAAUGUCACUUGCUACGGUGGUAGGAUCUCCGCUUCCGUACGCAUUGUUGCUCAAGCCGUCGAGUUUCGCUAGACCCCUGUUUUCCUCGUUCCGCAACAAUGAAGACACAGGCCCAAAGCCGUAGGGCCGCAGCUGCUGGUGUUGCCCUCGUCGCGCUAGCCAGCAGCCUGCUGCCUGCCAGCGAGGAGCCAUGCGGGAGCGCAGAUGCGCCGUCCUCUGGCGUCCUGGUGUGCGACCAAGAGACGGGAGGUAUCUCGCACGAGAAUACCGAUCCCCAUUGUCCCGUUUGAUUUUGAGGCCGCCGUCCAAGCCAGCCUGGAACAGAAGGCUUUGGAGGAUGCAGCACCCCGUGUUAUGGAAGAGGAAAUGCAGGCUUCUCUGUCCAAGUUCAGUGAGACAGCUGCAAUCGAUCGCGAAACUCCCAAAGACGGGUCAUGCUUGUUCCACGCGCUCAGAGCAGGGGGUCUCUUUUCUCAGAGGGCCCUCGGCGACGUGCGCCUGAGCACUCGAGACCUCCGUAAGAUGGCAGUGAACGAAGCCAGCGACCAGCAGGUUGCCAUUGCAGCUGCGAGCAACGACCCGUCCAUGUCCGUGGCCGACUACAGGGAGGGCAUGAGGAAUGGGGAGUGGGGCGACAAUUUGAUGCUAGCGUGCUUGUCGCGGGCUUUCAACAGGGCCAUCACUGUCAUUUCGAAGGACACAGCUCGCACCUUCUUGCCAGAUGGCGAAUCCCCUGGCGUUCUGGAGGACGCACCUUGGGUAGCUCAUUAUUCUGAGGUUCGCUACUUCGGAGUGAGGCGCGGCGGCGAAGACCCCGAGCCAGGCGCAGGCCCGCGGAAGCGGCUGGCAGGGAAGCAGAGGGGGACCUCUUUCGAGGUGCGCCUGCGGCAGGACCGUAUCGGGAAGACGCAGAUGGCGAGGAGGGCACAGCGACUUGGGGACAACAUCAUCGCCCUGAAAGGGGGCAAGAAGAGGCAGCGCGGAGGCAAGAGGAGCGAGGGCGAGGACAUGGAUGACGAGCAGGCGUGCCAGCACGAGAAGGACGCCCCCGAGAUGCCAGAGUGGAAGAACGUGCCGUACACGCGCGACACUCAGUGCAGCCCUGGGCUCGACGCCAGGGGCAGGCGGACGCGCCCAGGGGGCAGGAGCAAGAGAUAUCGCGGGCAGGGCCUCUGGAGCCUGCUCGUUGGGAAGGACAGCGAGACUCGCCUCUUCGAGUGGUGCGUCAAGAACGGCUUCCUGACGGACCGGAGGAAUGAGCCUUGCCCCAAAUGCGGUCAGGCGGGAACGUGGGGCCUGGACGCGGGCAGACAGGGAACAGGGUGCUCGUACGUGUGCUCGAGGAGACUCUGUCGGUACAGGGAGUCCGUGACAGAACGGGAGCCGGGAUUCUUCUCCCCAAGAGUGCCUCUCUCCAAGCAGAUGAUGGUGGCGUUCCUCUUCGUGAACCACGGACAGCCCGGGGCCGACGUGCUGGCGAACACCGCUGAGAUGGACGAGCACUCGGCGACCGCCCUGAUAACAAUUGCAGGCAGCCGUGUGUUGGACUUUCCGCAGGUGGGCGGGCUGGACGAAGACGUGGAGGCGGACGAGGUGAGCUUCCGGUGCGUUCCGACAGAGGAGGACGGAGCCGAAAAGAUGGUUUGGGCCAGGUUCGUCGGGGUCGUGCGCAGGGGCGGUUCCUUGUAUUACUGGGGCGAGUUGGAGACCAGGAAGACGUGCGCCAAGCAAGGUGGUGGAGGUAAGCUGGGGUCUGCUGAGUGGGAGCACCACGCGUUGCGCAGAGGCUCAGAUUGGGGCUACCAGUCGCGACCGCUCCUGCGUCCAGGGUCGGUGCUCCACACAGACGCCGCGUCCACGCACAUGCAAUGCCACGGGAAGCAAAAGGACACAAGGUAUCAACACCUGGGCGUCUGGGCCACACAAUGUCGCCACAGCAGAAAGAAAGGCCCCAAUGGACAGUGGCUCCCUCGCCAGUUCGCCGUCCGCAAGAAAGUGCAACUUCUCUCGGGGGAGUGGGCAUGGCGGGAAGGCGGAACCCAGAAAAAGGAUGGCUUUUGGGCAUCCAUUCGGAGGCGCGUGAGUCGCCGCGCCGUGCCCAGCUACCGGUCCUCCGUGCUCCGCCAGAUGGCAUACUUCUACCAGUGGCUCUACUGGAGGAGCGCGGACCCGAUUGCAGACGCACUCCGAGGUCGCCGCGCUGGCCCCCAGGCCAUGGACAUGGCGGCGGCCCUGGGUCAGCUUCGCGGCCGGUUGAAGGACGCAGUCGGAGAGCGCGCAUUGGCAGAUGCAGGAGACGCCUGGUUUGAAGCGGUAGUGGACCAGCGCAACGAUUUGAUGCCAGAUUUUCCUUGCAGGAAGCGGAAGAACGAAAAAUGUCCACCCAACAAGAGGAGGACAGGCAAGCAAGGCGAGCAGGCAUAGGAGUCGAGUUGCGUAGGGC